AUGACCUCCAAACGUUUCCGUUAUCUCUUUUUGUUAUCUCUGACAAAUGCUAAAUAUCAAUAUUUCAUUUAUAAAACUUAGUGAAAACAAUCAAGGACAAUGGACUAUUUGACAGUAAAACUAUUUCUGAACGCAGCAGUUGUUUGUUUGGUCAAUGGACAAACAGAUAGAAAUUGUACGAGUACAUCUUCAACCGGAAAGCACUUCAUGAUUGCGGUGCCAGAAAGUAGCACGAGACCAGAUAAAAUUGUUUUUCACAUAACCUCUGCUGUAAACAAGACAAAAUGCACCAUCAAAGCACCGGAUGUACAUUUUGUUCAAACCUACACCUUUGAAAGUUAUAUUCAAGUUAACUUGUCCUACAGAAUAAUGCAAGUUACUUCUUCAUCGUCCUUGACCGCCAGAAAAGGAAUAAAAAUAAGUUGUGACCACGCAUGCGCUGUACAUGUUUUACCACACCAUUCCAAUGAUGCAGUGGAAGGCUUUCUUGCACUUCCGGUUAACGCCUUAGGUACAAGAUAUGUUAUUGCAUCUUACACACCGUACCAAUCCAGUACACCUAGCGAAUUUGUACUAGCAGUUGUAGAAAAUAAUACAAAAAUUCAACUGUCUAAGAAAAUAUACUAUAACGGAUAUAGCAAUAGUUCUUUAACAUUGAACGAAUUCGACACAUAUAUUUACAAGAACUCACGUGACCUGAGCGAUUCAAUGAUUUCUAGUGAUAAACCUAUAUCCGUCUUCUCAGCGGCUAGCGCUAGCCAAAUCCCAUAUGGCACAGGGGAUUAUCAAUACAUCGUAGAACAGAUGAUUCCAACCGAGUUUUGGGCGAAGACCUAUAUUGUUCCACAUAUUUAUCCUAGAAAGUAUAGUAUGUAUCGUAUUUAUGGUACUGAGUACAAUACGUCAGUUACACGUCACAAUGGUAAAAUUACCGGAUCUACUGUAAUCAAGUCAAAGCAUUUUGAAAACAUGGCGUCUGAUACAACUGUGAUUAUAGCUGAUAAAGCUAUCAGUGUAAUACAAUAUGGUUAUGAUGACGAUGAUAUGGAUGGGGACCCGUUCAUGACGACAGUUCAAGCAGUAUCUCAAUUUCAAAAUUCUUACAAAUUUGUGACAGAUUUUGAUAAAAUGAGUUCUUCACGAUGGCCGGUCACACUUGUUAUUACCGCUCGCACUACAGACAUUUCCGAAAUUCUUCUGGACGGAAGUAACUCUUAUAUUCAAGCACAUAGUCACAUAAUGUCUGUGCCUCCUCCAAUGGCUGACUUCAGUGUCUACUACAUCAAUAUGACUUAUAACGUCUUUGGAAGUUUCCAUACAUUACGUCACGCAUCCGGGAAGCCUUUUGGUGCAACUAUCUAUAGUUUACCAGGAACUGCUGCUGCUUAUGGAUAUCCAUUAAAAUUCGCCCUGAAAGAUCAAGUUUGUCAAAUUCCAACAACCACGUCAACAACAACGACGACGACAACAACAACAACAACAACUACUACAACGACCUCUCCUCCGACAACAAAGCCAACGACGACGACGAUAACAACAAUAGCUAUAUUUGCAACAACAACAUCGGAAGAACAAGUUAUUCAUAAUACUACACAAAGCACAGGUGGAAUCCAGUGUUUUGACUGCCGAGACAUUCCACAUCUAAAAUAUUGUGACAAAGUGACCAGGUGCUCAGGAAAUGAGGUUUGUUACGUUGAGAGCUACACCAAACCUCAUGGGCAGAAAAUGUACAGGUCUGGAUGUAUAGGCAAGGGGGGAUGCCAACCAUUGAGUGGAACAAACGACUGCCUUCAGUGUUGUGAGUCUAGAGACUUUUGUAACAUCGAUGGCUGUGAAGAAGAAGCUCAAAGUUCAAUAAGUUCUGGGAUUCGUGGGCCGUAUUGUUACGACUGUUCACAUAUCGGAGAGAAUGAAAAAUGCACAUCCGUUCAAAUGUGUCCCACCGACCAGGUGUGUAUGAUAGAGAAGUACGCCUGGGGAAACAAUGACUUCAACUACGUUAUGGGAUGUAUACGUCCACAUGUUUGCGAAGCAAAGAAACGCUCAGUGUUAGACCGGAAGUUGACAGCUCGCCACGCGCCAGUUUGUACACAUUGCUGCCACACUGAUUUCUGCAACCAAAAUUGCACGCACCAUUACAAUCCAGGACUUAUAGGUUAACAGAGCAUUUUGUUAAAGACUUCCGUCUGUCUUACUGUACGUAGUUGAGUAUUGUAUUAAAUAAAAUGUAACAAGAAAAGGGUUCGUGACCUGAUAUAUUUUAUAAGACAGUGACAGUGACAAAACAUCUGCGGAUAUGAAAAACCUUAAAACCACCAAGUUUCUUUUGCCUUACAGAAACAUUUUCUAGAAACACUUCGUUACGCUUAUAAAUCGUUUAGCAAUUACAUUUUUAUAUUGUUGCAUUCGCAUUGCUAAACCGUAAGACUUCUACAGUAUUACAGGACGCCAAACAAAUUUGCUUACAUAUUUUAAAAGGAGAGAUUUGGUUCACCAAAGAUAGUCAUUUCACUGAGACUGUUGAAAAGUCACUUUGCUAGGUAUCUAAAAUCGAAACAACAUCGUUUUCUUUCUAUUCGUACAAUUUUAUUAUUUUAUGGGAAUGUGGACGUAGUACGAAUACAAGCUUGCAUAUCACAGUGAAGCUGAGGUUUUCACUUAUUCAUCGAGAGUUUUAUUUUAAAAGCCAGCCAACAUUGUAUAUGCCAGUCGACGUCUACCCAGAUGCUAUUAAAACUGCAGUCAAAUACCAUAUUUAAAUACUUUUGCACUCGGAAGAUUAUUUGAAGUAAUCCUACAAAGAAGUUACAUGAUUUAUAUCGGUUGAAAACAAAGUGUCCCAUACAUUUACAUGUAUUUGAUCUGAGCACACAUGAGAUUGCUGACUUUAAAAAUAUUAUAUUUUAAAAUAAUUCAUUUAUCAUGUCUGUCAUAGUGAAUUUUUGGAAAAAGGCAUUUAUCAGUUUAUAUGUUGGCACUAAAGUUCUAGCAGUCUAUAUCAAAGCAUUUGAUGUAUAGCUUUUUAAUGAAUAUUUGAAAACCAAGAGACAUUCGCAAAAUUUAUUUGACAAAUACUAUAAGUUACAAGUACAAAUGUUGCUGAAAUGCAGCAAUUGAGAAGCUCCGCGCAAAAAAAGUGCUCAUUACAGAUACCUUGCCAAAUUAUUCCUACGCACAGGUCAUGUUAUAUUCAGAUUAGGUACUAUUGUAGAUUUUUUCCGAAUGUUUUGUUAGCCAUUUUUUGCAUAGUUAUAUUUAUCUUAUGCACUGUCCAUAAUUAAAAAGAAGGGAACAAUUUUUAAUAUAAAAAUGCUUUCACUGAUGCCUACCUGGUAAGGAAAGUAAUUCCAUUGAAUACAAACAAGACUUGUAAAUGUUUAUUCUGACAAUAGGAACGACUUGUUUGUAAAAGCUAUUGAAAUAGAUAGUUGGUUUGAAAACUUAAGUGAUGAUGAACAGUUAUACUUUAUACUCUCAAAUCAAAAUAUUGUUAAGUGUGCGGCAAAAUCCUGUUAUCAAAUUCUUAACAUUCGAAAUAGAUAUAUGUAUCACAACACUUGAGACUCAGUAGAUGAUUUUAAACAUUAUAAAAUAAAUAUUGUAUAUUAAAUAUAAGAUAAUAUUUGUUUUGACAAUACUUGUAUAUAUCUUCAGACUUGCGGUGUCUCCAGAUAUAUAGUAGUAAAAUGUCGAAAUAAAUUAAUUUUAUACAUGGGUAGGAUUUUCUUAAUAAUAGUUAGGGUUUUUUUAUCACAUGAUAAGACAUGGUUGCUAAUCUAGUUCUCAUUUCUAAUCUUAUUAAAGUAAGGAAGUUUGGUUUUAGAGGGCUGAUCAUUACUUAUGACAGAAAUUUAAGUGUUUUACAUGUCAGCUUGUUUUUAGAUAAAUUUUAUGUUUGGAUUAGCAACUGUGUCCUAUUAAUUUUUAACUGCCUAACUAUAUGGAAAAUAUUGAUGUCUGGUUUAUGUACAGUCAUGGUGUGGGUGGAGCAACGAAGUGUCAUCAUAAGGUUAACACUUCGGUGUUCCACAAAUGCUGCUUACUGCUUAGUGUAUAUACAUGUAAAGUGUUCAUUAAUUGUAUAUGCAGUGGAGUUCCACUAAUAAGACCACGAUCAUGCAAAUUUAGGCAAUAUAAAGAACCAGAGUUUUUAAGUUAUGGAGCUGAAGUGGCUCGCUGGUGACACCUUUCCGCUGUUGGGGCCAUCGUUUUGUGUGGUCUUUUUGGUGGAACUUUACUGUAUAUGUAAACAUAUAGUCUCAGAUAAUUCUUUUUAGAAUGACCAUAUUGUAAUUGUAAUUUUAUAUGUCUCUUCUAAUUGUUAAAUAUGGAUAAGACUCAAAUAAAAUAAAUAAAUAUUUAUAUGUUAUGUGA